GAACUGAAGCUCGCGAACCUUGACUUGAUCUCCUUCUCUCCACCAUUAUAAAUUGCAUUCUACUUGGCUCCAGAGAUCAUCAUACUUGUUAACGCAAUAAUGGACACCAUCUCUUUCUGUGUUCUUUCACUCUUAUUAUCUUCUUCCUUGCUUCAUUCAUCUCUCUCAGCCUCUUCUGCAGAACUCCCUCGCCCAGAAAGAGAAGCAUUGGAGAUUAUCAUCGGAGGGGGAGGAGAUGCCCCUGCUCCUCCCAAUUACGACUAUCCUCCCGAAUACCACCACCCACCUCCGCCGCCGCCGUUGUCGUUCCGGCUGGAGAGAGCACGCCGUGUCCUUCUGAAAUUUGCUGCCACAAUUGACGAUCCCAAUUGCUUUACCAGCAACUGGAACGGUCCCGACCCAUGUCAGUACAGGGGAAUCAAAUGUGAUACGUAUCCAAAUUCGAGUGAGUUAGCCGUUUCAGGAUUAGAUUUCAACCAAGCUGGUUUCUCUGGUCGUCAAGGUUCAAGGUUGGAUCUCUCUGGAAUCCUGGCAAUCCCAGAACUAACAUUCUUCCAUGUCAACUCCAACAAUUUCUCAGGACAAGUCCCCACAUCAAUCACUACAUACCGAUUUUUCUACGAGGUCGACUUAAGCAAUAACAAGCUCGAGGGUGGAUUUCCAAGGCAACUUCUUGCUUCUGAGCAAUUACUUUUCAUAGAUCUCCGCUUCAAUGACCUCUCCGGACCAGUCCCUUCAGAACUCUUCACCAUGGAUCUCGACGUUAUCUUCAUCAACCACAACAAGUUCAGCAGCUACCUUCCAUUGAAUUUCGGGUCCACGCCAGCGAGAUACCUCACAUUCGCCAACAACAGAUUUACCGGACCGAUCCCGAGAAGCAUAGGAAACGCGUCAAACACCUUGACGGAAGUUCUGUUCUUGAGAAACCAGUUUUCUGGGUGCUUGCCUUACGAGAUUGGGUACCUGAAAAAGGCCGUAGUAUUCGAUGUGAGCAAUAACACAUUGACGGGUCCAAUCCCAGAGUCUUUCGCUUGCUUAGAGAAGAUUCGGUUCUUGAACUUAGCACAAAACAAAUUCUACGGCCCUGUUCCUGAAUCAGUAUGCGAACUUUCUGGAAUCCGCAACGAUGGAAAUCUGACCUUGAGGGAUAACUAUUUCACUGAAGUUGGACCGAAAUGCCAGAAGCUGAUAAAAUCAAGGGUGCUAGAUGCGAGUCAGAAUUGCAUAGAGGGGCUUCCCAAUCAGAAAUCGCCUGAAGAAUGUUACAAGUUUUUGUCUUAUGUGAAACCAUGUCCCGAUGAAUGGUCUCUCAAGCUUGUUCCGUGUGAGAAACGUGAUCCCAAGUAUGAUGAAACUGCUACGGCUCCUGCGCCUGUGACUUACGAGGCCCUGAAGCCGACACGACAUCGUUUGAUGUGAGCCUAAGCUCAUUGGUUUGGCUUGUUCUGCAUUGCAUGUGUCUUUUCCCUCCAUCGUUCGUCUUUUGUGAUUAAUGAAUAAGCAAUGUAAUUAAGAUGUCCAAUACAUUUCUGUUAAUAAUUUUCAAGUAUUUAUCAAUAGGGUUUUUCUAUGCUAAACUGUGAAAGUACUUAUUUCUCAGAAGACUGAAUCAUAUAUUGCAAUGUAUGAUGUGUUGAAACGUGUUUUCUUCUUACCAA